AAUUUCGCAGACGCACUGAGAAAUGUAAGGUGGCGGUCGAGUCCUUACCCCGGGUACACACCCUGGUGGGGUAAGCGAGACCUGGAUCUGGACCAGGAGGCGUUGAAGAGAGAGCUGGUGCGGCGCGGGCUGUGGAGCUGGGUCAAGGAAACGUACCACGAUGUCAAAGACAAGCUAAAACAAGGGAAGGACAAGAUGAAGCAGAAGGCUAAGGAAGUGUGGAACAAGAUCGUAGAACGUGAGGUGGCAGGCAAGAGACGAGUCAGAAACGUCUACAAGAGUUAGAUCAUAUAGGAAAGCGUGGCAGGCAAGAGACAGCCAAAGUCUGGAAACAUCUGUGCGAUAAAACGUUCAGUCCUUAUUUUUCUGUUGAGAAAAGAAUAUGUCUUUUUAUGAAUUUAACAUUUUCUGUCUUAGUUUGUGAACGUCAAACGCUUUUGUGAAUCAAAAUCUUUUUGGGAAUGAAUAAAUCCUCUAUGUGCGAGU